GGGAAAAAGAACUAAACGAUACAAAUUCGUUCCGCCUUUAAAUCCAUACUUCUUUAUUUAAUUAUGGCUUACGAAAUGAACGGAGAGACUUUAAACGAUAAAAUGGCAGGGGAUCAAGAUAAUUUCACGUCAAAAGAAAUGUUGACGAAGCGAUUGCAAAUGAAAUCGGAAGAACUUAUGUCUCUGCAUCGAGAAUUGGUUCAAUGUAGAUUGCAAAGGGAUCAGUUUAAAUUGAUGACAGAGCAAAUGCAAGAAAGAUUUAUACAGUUGAAGAGGCAAAUAAAUGACAUACAGGAAUCAAAAGGAUGUUACAGUCUGGAGGACUACUUCAAGACCUUGGAUUUACUAACAGAGACACAGGAACAGAAUAAAUGUCUCAGGCUACAAGUGGAAACACUGAGACAAAAAUUAGGGGAUGCUCAAGGGGAUGUUAAAGCACUUCGUGCAAAUGGUACUCGAAUUUGUUCAGAAACACAAGCUCAGUGUGCUCCUGCUGUUCAUCAAAGAGAGGAGAUGAUAGAACAGUUAGAGAAAUUGAACAUUAAGUGUACCCAAUUGCAAACAGACUUGCAGGCAGUUUUAGAUGAGAAGCAUGAGCUGGAGAUGGAAAGGGAUGCUUUCAAAUGCAAAGCACACCGUUUGAACCAUGAAUUAUCAAAAGCAUUAAAUGCAUCUAAACCAGUGGAUCUAGAUGCCCUUAUCAAUGAGAACAGGUAUCUUCAAGACAGAUUGCAGCAGUUGCUGGAGGAAAAGGAGCUAGCAAGGCAAUCUCUUUCAAAAUACAAAAGUAUGCUGGAUAGCAAAAGAGUGAAAGGAUCUAUAAAACUAGGUGCAAAUACUGCAGCUGGCACAAUCAUGACCCAUAAACAAGAACAGUUGUUGCAUCAUGAUUCUCAUAUACCACCUCAAAAAUCCGCAGCAGCGAUGUCCGACUUGCGAUGUCUGUGCAUAGCCUUACUGGAAGCACUAAACGAUAAAACAUUAGCUUUGGUACAUCAAAAGAAAGCAAACAAAAUAUUGGCGUUAAGAAUAUGCGAAUUGGACAGCGCGGUAGAAUCGCCGACAAUGAAAUUGUUGGAAGGAUACACGAGCUCGAACGUCGAUGCAAGGUUGGGCGAGAAAGAUUGCACCGAGUUGGUACAAACGCCUGGCUGUAGCGUGGACAACGUCGAAGGAUGUAAUGUCGUAACGUGCGAUGUCAAUACGACAGAUGACGUUCCCUCUUCGGAAAGUCAUGUCAUGCAACAGUUACAUACCAUACAAAUGAGUCUUCCGAAAAAUUUGGGAGUUUUAGUCCAAAAGGCAAUAAACAAUUUAAAGGAAAGCGACAAAGAAAAAACCUAAAUUUAACCGAACGCAGAAAUAUUUAAAAUUGCAUUAUCUAGUCACACUCGAUGAACACCCAAGACGGUUUUCUCAUGUCUCGGGCAAACAAAAUCGAUCUAUUUUCCUCCCCUUAGAAUUUAAGAUUUUAAAAUAGUAAGUUAAAGUUUUAAAAAUUGAUCAAGAUAUCAACUAGGAUUAUCUCAAUGUGUUAAUAAUGUAAAAGUAAAGCGUAAGACUUGUUGUAAAAUCCGUCUUAUUCCUUUAAAGUGCUGGCGUUUUGUCAAUCGUUUAAGAAAU